AUGAGGCUUGGACACUCCAAGGUAACAUUUUUAGAGCCACGGAUACUCUUUAGCAAUAGCCCUCAAGGGCUAACAACUUGGAGGAAAGCCAUUCUUCACAAUGUAGGACAAAACCAUGCUUAUUUCAAGAUUUGUGACCAGAGCCUUUUGUCUAUGAUUAAUAUUGUUCCAUCACAAGGAAUCAUCCCACUGGGGGGACUAACUGUUCUCAAUAUCUCCUGUACUCCUACCGUUAAAGAAAAAUUUGACACAAGAGCAAAGGUUGCUAUUCGCCGUGCAAAUGACAUAGACCUUAGGAUUGGUGGAUCUGUUGAGGUUCCUGAUGUUGAAAUCCACCCAAAUAGAUUUAACUUCUCUGGCACCUAUAUUGGUGCUACUCACAUUAUGCCAUUUUUAGUAAAAAACAAAGGUGUAACACGUGCCAGAGUAGAGUUUAACCUGGAAGAUGCUGAUGGUUUUUCACUGGAUUUUGAAGGCAAAUCAGGGAAAUUCACAGACCCUGCAUUUCCUAACAUAUUUUUCUUGGACUUAGAGGAAGAGACAUCUGUGGAGUGUGGCAUAGCAUUUUCUCCCAAAGAAGUGGCAACGUACAACUUUACCAUGCAAGUUCGAGUUAAUUUCUUUGCAGCUUCAGAACUUGACUCUCACUGUUGUUUCUCAGACUCUAAUGUGAUUCCAAAUACACCACCAGAUAUUCAACUAUGUUAUAUCCAAGCUACUGUGUUGCAAGCACCACUGACAUUAUCCAGCACUUAUUUUAUCUUUGAAAUCCCAUUACAUAAUCUGGAUCCUAAUGGCAGGGUAACAAAAACUCAGAAUCUGGUCUUACAUAAUACUUCAAGAAAAAAUGUAGAGUGGAAUUUGGAUAUUAGAAAUACUGAUAAACUUUUCAAAGAUGGUAUAUUCAAAUUUAGCACACUCAGUGGAACUCUGCGACCAAAUGAAGAGUGUAAUGUUGCUGUAAAUUUCUCUCCAAAACAGCCUGGAGAAUACACAGCUGAUAUCCCUAUGCGUUUAAAUGAUAAUCCAGUUUGCUAUCGAAUGUUACAUCUGCUUGGAGAGAUAAAAUCACCUAAGUUAUUAUUUGUUCCUCCUUUCAUAUUUUUUACUCCUGUUCCUUUGGAUGUACCAGCUGUGAUGGAUGUCAACAUUUUACCUCAGAACUAUUUCGGGUUUCCACUUCCAGUUACUGCAACAGCAGAAAACUGCAUGCUUACUAUUUAUUCAUAUAUGGCAAUUCAUCUUGAUGAGCAAAAAAUUAUUGUAAAAUAUGAAAAGGAUGCCAGUUCUGUGAAGGUUGAAAGCAAGAGUCUGCUUGCCAGUCGAGAAACUGGCUUACCCUCUACUGCUCCUGGUAAAUGUAGUGGUGCUGAGCCUGCAAAGAGAAAAUUGUUUAUUGGAAUGGAAAUAAUACCUGAAAGAUUAAAGUCAAGCAAAUAUGAAAUGCCAAAGAAAGGCAAUAGAUUUAUGAAAAAGGAGGCAAAAGACAAGGAAUUCUUUUCUCCUAAAGAAGGAACAAGGACAUAUGACUUCUUUCUGAAGACUAUAAAUGCAGUUCAGACCUGGUUCAGUCUUUUCGGUUGGCCUGAAGGCCCCCAUUCUCUUCGUAUUCCAGAGACUGUAAGAAGGGAUGUGUAUAAAAUACAAGUGUACUCAUCAGCCCUAUCGGCCAAAAAAUUUUCCAGACAGAGUGACUUUUCCAAAUAUAAUAAGACCAUUUAUGAUGUACUGGUCCACCUGUGUGGAAAAAUGCCACCUGGAAUUAAUUCAAGUCAGUCUUUACCUGUGGAUUACCCUGAAAGGGUGAUUCAGCUUCACUGCCAACAUUCUUUACUUCUUGAGUUUCUCAGUGCUCAAGGAGCUUGUAUUUCUCAUGUACUGCCAGAAUUUCUGCUUGAACCAGAAGAUUAUAAGAAGUGGAUUGAAAUUGCAUCUUCCACUAGUGCCUCAGCCAAGUUGUCCCACAUACCUAAGGGAAAGCACCCUGUUGUUAUAGAUAUGAUACACUUUGAAGCCUGGAGUAAACGCUCAUGGACUGAUGUAUUCCUUCAGAUAUACAAGGUUCUGAUACUAUCCCGAGUUGUACCAUAUAGCAUCAAUAAUCUGCCCCCUAUACAUGUGCCAAAUUCACCGAAAGUCAAUGCUUAUUUUGCAUCCAGCAACAUAUAUUCUGCUCCUGAAAGGAUUCUGCUUAGCUGGAUGAACACAAUUUAUGAAAACUCCCGACAUGUUAUUUGGAAAAACUGUCAAAAAGGUGUUAUUCCCCCUGAGAAAUGGAUAGUAAAUUUUGACGAAGACCUUUUAGAUGGCCUUGUUUUUGCAACAGUGUUGGGAGCCUAUUGCCCAUUUUUGAUUGAGUCUCAUUUCAUAAACAUGUACACACAACCAAAAAGUUCUGAACAGUAUCUGCACAAUUGCUUGAUAGUUGUGAAUGUUCUUCGUGAAAUUGGCUUUGACAUGGACAUACAGGCUGCUGACAUCUGUGAUCCCAAUCCAAUCCUGAUGCUCAUGUUUUGUGUCUACAUGUAUGAACGACUUCCUACAUAUCUCCCCAAGAAAGUGGUGCCCUUUCAUUGUACUCUACAUGACACAGUGUUUAGAGAGAUUCAACUGAAAAAUCCAAGCUUGAAAAGCUUAGUUUAUACUGCUACAAUUGUCGGAAGAGAUGCCUCCGACUUCUCCCUCUCCCAAGCAGGGAACACUGUGACAAUUUCUGCAAAAAACCAAAUUACUAUCACUCUGAAAUUUACCAGUCGCUUCCUCCAUCCUGCUGAAGCUUCACUGCUAUUAAUUUCAAGACUUAAGAAUGGAAUAGGAGGUACUACGAUGACUUUUGCUCUCAAGGGUGAAGUCCUCAAUUUUAAAGCCAUCGCAACUAUAAAAUGCAAAUCCCCAUGUUAUACAUGGCAAGAAAUUACUGUGAAAGUUAAAAAUCCCUUCCAAGCUUCUGGGGACUUUAAUGUCAUUCUGGUGGAAUCCUCAACAUUUAUCUCUUUGCCAUCCCAAUUAACUGAAGCUGAAGAAUCUGUUGACUUCUUGAACCGCGGAUUGGGAUCUGAAAUAAUAGUACGAUCUGAUGGCCAGAAUCUGGAACAAGGGGAGAACUCUCCUACAAGUGUAGAAGGAUCAUGGGAAGAGGGAAUAGCAGAAGCUUUGGGGGAGUAG